UAAAAAACCAUGCUUUUUUUUGUUUUUAACAUAAACCAAAUUGCUUUUGAGCUAAGACAAUGACACAAACCUGCAGUAACCACACGCAAACUGUAGAUGAGCCUUAUCUCUGUCAAAUCGUCUUCACUUCACCGACUAGAGUCACCGCACUGCCGUUCAGUGACUUAGGUAACAAAACAUCUCUUCUCCUGCUUUGAAACAUUCUCCAUUGUCUAUGAUUAGAUCGAACAAGAUGUCAUCGCCAUCGAAGCUGUCACCGGCGGAUCGUACUUAUGAAAAAGUCUUAUCUCCGCCGACUCCCAGCGUAAGCGUAUCCCCAUCUCCGUCGCCUCUUCCAACACCGGAACCCUCGGAUGUGAUUCAGAGCCCUCUAUCACCACCAUCGCCGUCUUCUGAAGGAGUAUCAACGGGGUUGGUUGUCGGGAUUGCCAUCGGAGGAGUCGCUGUGCUUGUAGCAUUGAUUUUAAUUUGUUUCCUUUAUAUAAAGAAACGAAGAAGAGACCAUGAAGCACCAACUUCUCCUAAAGGUAAAACAAAGAUCUUGAAUAACGCAUCACGAUCGUCAGAUCAAGUGGUGACGUCACUUCCACCACCUAAGCCUCUCCCUCCACCGCAACAACCUCCUCCGCCUCCUCCACCACCAGGUCCACCACUUUUUCUGAGCAGCGGCAGCGUCGCCGACUCAAACUACCCAUCAUCGGAUCAUCCAGCUCUUCCUCCACCAUCUCUAGAGCUUGUGUUAGGCGUCUAUCAAGGAACAUUCACUUACGAUGAGAUAAAAAGAGCCACCAAUGGAUUCUCUGAGGCCAAUUUUUUAGGUCAGGGCGGGUUCGGAUACGUGUACAAAGGUGUAUUGCGUGAUGGAAAAGUAAUCGGAGUGAAACAGUUGAAAGCAGGGAGUGAACAAGGGGAAAGAGAGUUUCAGGCAGAGGUCGGUAUCAUUAGCCGAGUUCACCACAAGCAUUUGGCUGCUCUAGUCGGUUAUUGCAUCGCCGGUGCUCAAAGAUUGCUUGUCUAUGAGUUUGUUCCUAACAACAAUCUUGAGUUUCACCUCCAUGGGAGGGGACGGCCUCCAAUGGAAUGGAGCUCAAGGUUGAAGAUUGCUAUUGGUUCUGCCAAAGGAUUGUCGUAUCUUCAUGGAAAUUGCAAUCUUAAAAUCAUCCACCGUGAUAUCAAGGCGGCAAACAUAUUGAUUGAUUUCAAAUUUGAAGCAAAGGUUGCUGAUUUUGGUCUUGCGAGGAUUGUUCCGGAUACAUACACUCAUGUUUCUACACGCGUGAUGGGAACUUUUGGGUAUUUGGCUCCGGAAUACGUUGGAAGCGGAAAGCUCACAGAAAAGUCUGAUGUUUACUCAUUUGGCGUUGUACUUUUGGAGCUAAUAACUGGGCGUCGCCCUGUUGAUGCAAACAAUGCCAAUGGAGAUGACAACUUGGUUGAUUGGGUAAUUCAUAUAUCGACAAAUAGUCUUAACCUGUUGAUUGGAGAAGAGAUGGCUCGCAUGGUUGCUUGUGCUGCAGCUUGUGUUCGCUAUAUAGCUCGCAGCAGACCUAGCAUGGACCAGGUGGUGCGUGUGCUAGAUGGAAGCGUAUCUCCCUUAGAUCUAAACGAAGUGAUCUGACCGGGUCACAGCAUUGUGGACAAGUUAUGACACGAGCCAAGACAAUGAAGACAAGAAAAAAGAUUAGGAAUGUGCCACUUGGAACUUGAGUAGGGGGGAGCGUUCGGGUUAUCGGUUCGGUUCGGGUCGGAUAUUUCGGAUUUCGGGUAUUUCGGGAAUCUGUUAAUUAAUACCGAUCGGGUAUUUUCAAAAUUCGGAUCAGAUUCGAUUCGGUACUUUUCGGGUUCGGAUCGGUUCUGAUACUUAAUUUUGGAUCCGUUUUCUUUCGGGUAUUGCGGGUUCGGUUCGAGUUCAUAUAAACUUAUUUGAAAUAGUACUUAAAAAACCGAAAGUAUCCGAAAAGAACCGAAAAUAAUUGAAAAACCCAAAAUUCUGAAAUUUAAAAUUAACCAAA